AUGUGUCAAUCACCACUUCACCCAUUCCUUCUCAAUCUCCCCAAGUGUGAACACCACAUUCAUCUCGAGGGUGCUCUGACUCCCGAGCUGGUCUUUUCUCUUGCUAAGAAGAACAAUGUUACUCUUCCCGAUUUGCCACACUACAAAAGCUCGACCUCGCUGACAGCGAGAUAUGAACAAUUCGACAAUCUUGACGACUUUCUCAACAUUCACUACGCUAAUAUGUCGGUCCUGAUCACCGGGAAUGACUUUUACGAAUUGGCGUGGUCCUAUAUCCUCGCGGCCCAUGCUGAUGGUGUCCACCAUGCGGAAGUGUUCUUCGAUCCACAAUCGCACACCUCACGGGGUAUUCCUGUAGAAUCAGUUACCAGAGGCUAUAAGCGCGCCCUGGACCGUGCUGAAUCCGAGUUGGGGGUGACAUUUCAUCUCAUCAUGUGUUUUCUCCGUCACCUGCCGGUAGCAUCUGCCGAAACUACCUUUGACUCUGCGAAUGAGCUGAUCCGUGAUGGUUUGAUCCACGGAGUCGGAUUAGACUCUUCUGAAGUCGGCUUCCCUCCAGAGUUGUUCACGGGGGUAUUCCAGAAGGCCAGAGAGGUUGGACUACGGCGUACGGCUCAUGGUGGCGAAGAAGGCGACGUUUCCUAUAUCAAGGGAGCGCUCGACUCUUUACAUGCGGAGCGAAUUGAUCAUGGCAUUCGCCUGGUUGAAGAUGAAGAGCUUUUAAGACAGGUCGCUAUAAAAGGCAUCUUACUUACUAUCUGCCCGCUGUCGAAUGUUUACUUGCACACUGCCAAGUCCAUCGCUUCUCUACCGCUUCGAAAAUUCCUAGAUUUCGGGGUCCAAUUCUCGUUGAACAGCGAUGACCCUGCUUAUUUUGGCGGUGGCAUCUUGAACAAUUACUGCGCCGUACAGGAGGCAUUCAACUUCAGCAUUGACGAAUGGAAGACCAUAGCGAUCUCAGGGGUGCGUGGAAGUUGGAUAAGCGAUGAAAGAAAGAGGGUUCUGAUAGGGAAAAUAGACGACACUGUUAGUAGUUUCAGAUCGCUGGCCUAG